CCCCUCCACGCUAGUGAUAGCACGGUCAAAUGUCUCCGCUAAUCUAGCAAAGCCUUCGCCCCAGGCCUUUUAAGCAGUGGCCCCUCCCCAUUGCGCUUCCAGUUUUCACCGCAGGUUGCAAAGGCCUCCACUGGUCCACCUCGAUCAAGUGACAAUGAGUCGCCUCACGUCUUUUGUCCUUUUGCUAGCGACCAUCUGCAACAUCACCGCUUUUGCACUUGGAGCAGCCACCUUGGCAGACUACCUCAACCAACGCAGCUACCUCCUGGCUCUCGUCCCCAAAGCCGAGGUCCACGACAGCGCUUAUAUUGGGGCUGCUAGUUACAACAUUUGCUCGAGCUUUCUGUCCGCCUUGAUCCUUCUCAUCGUGCUCAUCGUUCAAGUGCUCCGGCGCACCAUUGGCUACCAAGUCUUGAUCGCCGGUGCUAUCAUUCCAAGUCUCAUCGGCUUUGUCAACGCGCUCACCUUGACCAUUAUCACGGCGACGAAGGUGGUGUCGUUUGGGGAUAGUGUCGGGCCGCGCGUGACUACCUACUUGGAUGAGGCUGCCGAUGGCGAUGGGGUCCCCCUGGAAUAUCGAAAGGAUGCUGUGUCCAUCGCGGCUGUUGUGAUUGCCUGGCUUGGGUGGGCCUGUUCUGUGGUUGGAUGUGUGUUGUUACUCAAGACUUGGCAGAAGAAACCCCUGAAGCCGGCUUCGUUAGAAUCUCGGGAUGAGAAAGCUGCUUGGUCUGAGGAUGGCAGUGAACAUGGUCGAGCUUGAAGUAAGAGAUUUCCAGAGCCAAUCAGUAUCGGGGCGCGGACUAUGGUUGGCUGUCCACAAGGGAAUCUUUCUUUCUUGUGCUUCAGGCAGAGGAAAUGGCCUUCGGAAUUGCGCACAUUGCUCG